GCGAAAUUCAAAAACAAACAAUUUGGAAUACGUAACAUUGAAACUAAUGGCUUUUGUAGAGUGUUACAUGGUCAUGGUGUGAGUUGUGUAACAAUGGCCACUUUAGCCAUUGUAUGAAAUGUGAGCCCUUUACUAAGAUGCUCCCUUAGCUAUAGUGAUAAAUCUGUCAUUCCAGUUGAUCCAAAAUACCACCAUCUAGCAAGAGACAGACUUACCACUACGAUGGUUAUCGCAACUGGUGCUGAAAGUGAGAAGAAUACAUCUAAAUCAUCACUCAGUACAAAAAUGAUGACGUCAGAUUCACAGAGUAAAAGCCAACUUUCUGCCAUGUUCUCCAGUUAUUCCAAGAGUUCUUGUUCCAACCUGGUCAAGAGUUCCUCUGGGCAUACUAAAUGCUCCAUUGACCCAAGAAAUUUCAACUACACUGAAACAGGAGAAGCUAAAGCUGCUGGAUUUCUAAAUAACCAAGUUAAAAAAAUCAGUCCUCCACCUAAAUGGAUUUCCAACCAGGAAUUGGUUUCAUGUUCUUCAAAACCAAAAAAUGCUAAUAGUAACAUAAUAGAGGAACAGUCGCUGUCUGAUAAUUGUGCCUGGAACAGUUUAUGUAAUGGAGCCAAGAACAAGCAUGAAAAGUCUCAGGCUGUAUCUCACGAGAAGAAAGUACAGAAUGUCGGGAAGGAAGAUCAUCACUCUAGUGAGAAAAAAGAAAAAGGCAGCCAUAAAGUAAAUGCAAGCUUGAGUAAUUUAGAAGACACCUUGCCAACACCACUGAAAAUCCCCUACAAGGAUCUGCUCCGUGCCACGGAGGAAUUUAACCGGAGCCGUGUGUUAGGACAAGGUGGUUUUGGGGUGGUGUACAGGGGCGAAUGGAAGGGAAACUUUGUAGCUGUGAAGAGACUUAUGGCCAGAGGUCAGGAUAGCACCUCACGACAACAAGUUAGCUUGAAGCAGUCGUUGAAUGAGAUGAAGAUACUGUACAGCUGUAGAAUAGAUAACAUCCUGCCUCUCUAUGGUGUUAGCUUAGAUGGGCCAGAGCCAUGUUUGGUGUAUCAGUUUAUGGUCAAUGGUUCUUUAGAAGAUCGGUUGUUACUCAAGAAAAACACCCCACCAUUAACAUGGCUACAGAGGGGAAAUAUUGCAGAGGGCACAGCCAAAGGUCUGAAUUACCUCCACACACUUUCUUGUAAGCUGAUCCAUGGAGACAUUAAAAGGUAAAGGAAAAUGGUAACGUCAGAGCUGGUAGUUUUAGCUUGUUUAGGAAAAUGGUAACGUCAGAGCUGGUAGUUUUAGCUUGUUUAGGAAAAUGGUAACGUCAGAGCUGGUAGUUUUAGCUUGUUUAGGAAAAUGGUAACGUCAGAGCUGGUAGUUUUAGCUUGUUUAGGAAAAUGGUAACGUCAGAGCUGGUAGUUUUA